AUGCCUCGCCGCUACGACCCCUCCGAGCCGCGCCGCGCAGACCUCGCACAACCGUGGAAGUACUACUCGAGCGAGUCGAGUCUCGCAGACCUCGCUUCAAUGGCUAGUAUGGCCUGCAGCGGUCUCGCCAUGAUCACUCGGUUCCCCAUCUGGCCUUGGAUUGGACUCCUCCUCGCCAUCAGCGGCAUCACGGGCGCUAAAUCGCUCGGGACGAACAAGAAGACGGGCGAGUCGGGCGGGAUGUUGAGCGGCUGGAGCUCGCUCAUGUUCGCCGCAACUGCACUCUUCUCCAUCUACGCCCCCAUCCUCCUCCUUCAAGCCGCCAAAGCGCCGAACCAAGCCUGGCCGUUCGGGUUCAACAAGGGCCUCGUCUUCCUGAAUCAGCAGCAGUUCGUGCCGCCUCAGCCGGUGGCGUAG